GCGUCCAGUGACGUUUCUCUUCACGUCUCUUUUAUAUACUAUGAAUUUUCUAUUAUGAUGUGACAAGUGGAAGAUGCGUGUGCGUAUGUGCGAAAGAGGUGUCGUUUAUGGUGGUUCGAUCAUUCAGUAAUUAUUCUGUACGAUAAUAACGUUUCCACAUCGCGUACAGUGCAUAUACAGUGACGAUCGAAUGUCACGAGCAGUGAUUAUAUAUCUAUUACAUUCUCCGUCAAAUUAUUAAUUGAAUGUCUCAAAUUACGGUUACAUCAAGUGGGAUGGAACGCAGCAUACAUGAGAUGUUAAAAGAUGCGCCUUCCUUGAAUGAGAGUGACAACGCUGUACAUACCGGGACUCCUCCACCUCAUGUACCAAAUAACUGUAGCAGUGAUAGUCACCCGAGGCCAGCAACUAUAAAUUUGAACUUAGGAAGUCCUACAAAUCAGACUUAUGUCUGUCUUUUUUCAGCUGUAUCAGUUUCCCCAAAUACACCUAUUCAAAAUGGUGAUACACAAACUAUGCGCACUACUCAAAGCAAAAUUGAGAGUCUAAAGAAUUGGAGUAUCUCCACGUAUAAAUGCACCAAACAGUUAAUGUACGAAAGAUUAGGGAAAACGUCUCGUACUGUAGACUUUGAACUUGAGACACAGAUUGAAUUGCUCAGAGAUACUCAGAGAAAAUAUUGCAAUGUUCUGCGAUUAUCACGAGCUUUGGCAUCACACUUUCAUCAUGUUGUUCAGACACAACAUGCCCUUGGAGAGGCGUUUUCUGAAUUAGCACAGAAAUCGCCUGAGCUCCAAGAGGAGUUUCUGUAUAAUUCGGAAACGCAGAGAAAUUUAACUAAAAAUGGCGAAACACUUCUAGGGGCCUUAAAUUUCUUCGUUUCCUCUGUGAAUACCUUGUGUAAUAAAACGAUCGAAGACACGCUACUUACAGUGAGACAAUACGAAACUGCAAGGAUAGAGUACGAUGCAUAUAGAACAGAUCUAGAGGCUCUUGUGCAAGCUACAAAAUCAGAUGGUAGUAAUGCAGCAAGAUUAGAAGAGGCACAGGCUAAUUAUGAAGGACAUAAGCAGAAUUUCGAAAAAUUGCGCUCAGAUGUUUCUAUCAAGUUAAAGUUCUUAGACGAAAACCGGAUUAAAGUCAUGCACAAACAAUUGCUGUUAUUCCAUAAUGCUAUAUCUGCAUACUUUUCGGGGAAUCAAACUGCAUUGGAGGCAACUCUCAAACAAUUCAACAUCAAGGUGAAAUCACCAAAUUCUACCUUACCUUCAUGGUUGGAACAGUAGUUGAAUUAAAGUGACCCUUCCUCUUGCCGCGAAGGAUGUGACUGUACAAGCGCGUUCGUCCACCGAGUUCUGUUGCGAAACACAGAAAGUAAAGGUAGAACAGUUAUCAAAAUCACUUGACAAUUCGCCGGUACGUAUUGAAAGCUGCCGUUUAGUCUGAUAAUUUAAAUAAUGUAGAGUGAAAAAUUGCGAGGUUUAUGAUGUGUAUAAACAGACUGAAUCCCCAAAAGUUACAGUGUAAUAUUUUGAUCAUUAUAUAUUGAUUAUAUAUAUUAUAUAUAAUACCUUUGACAUACACAUCAUGUAUCAUAAAAUUAAUAAUUCUUUUAAGAAAAUUACAAAUCAGUAGAGGAAUUUCAAAACAACUUAUACAACAAUGUCUUGACAAUUAAGUUCCGAUGCUUAAACAUUUAAAGAGGCAAUAGAUUUAAUUUUUAUAUUUCUCUUAUAGAGGAAAUUAAAUUUUCCUUCAAUGUAAAUACGUAACAUGACAUAUAUGUGUGGAUAAAUGGAGCCUUCUAUUUUACAGUAUAUUAGUGAUAUUAAUUGAUUGUUUAUAUCACAUUUUACACACGCAUAAUAUGCAUGUAGUUUAAUAGUAUGUCCACUAUCUCAAAAGACUAAUCUUUAAAUUACAGAUCAUGUAUUAUUUCAUAAAAGCUUGAGCUUUAAAGCUAUGACACUGUUAAACUUAAACUUAUUUUCUAUAUAUAACAACAUAAUUACUUAAAUUAUUACAAAUUAAUUUGUUGAAAGCAAGAAAAUGAUUGGAUGGACUGAAAAUUUCAGUAGAAUGUUAGAGACUUGCAUUAAUUACAUGCCAAAGAAAUUUUAAUAUCAAUAUGUUUUCUUAUUGCAUCACAUUUUACUGCAAUUAUUAUACUGUGGUAUUAUCAGAAACUAAAAGUAUUAUAGAUCUGUAACUACAUACAAUAAUCAAAAUAAAUUACAGAUAUGAAUAACAUCCACUGAUUUGAUUGAGUGCUAUUUUCUAAAGAAUCAUAGACAUAUAUAUUAAUUUAUUUAUUAGUUUCUCAAAAUUAAUAAUGCAUAUAAUUCUGCUUUAUGCAAAUAGUUGCAUAAAUGAUAAAAAUUUCUCAUUUUCUCUGGAUGAGUAGUGAAGAUUAUGUUGUGAUUAGAAAUGUAUAUUUAUUUUUUGUUAAAUAAAAAAAUUUUUGUUACGGUUAAUAUAUAUAUAAUAUAAAAGUAAAUCUUUAUUUCUUCUACAAAUAAAUCGUAAGAAAUACCAUAAACAAUGGCAUAUUUAUAAUAAUUAUAUAAUAAUUGUAGAAAAAAAUUGAGUUUCUCUUUUCAAAAAUUUCCAUAUUGAAUUAAUUUCUAUUUAAAAAUUGAUAUUUAAAAAUUUAAAUUUUAAAUAAAAUGUUGCAAAGGAAUGCUAGUCAUUUUCUUACUUAAGUAUCUAUUUAAAAAUUAUAUAUAAAAUAAAUAAUAUAAUUUUGUAUUGAGAUAAGUUUAAUUGCUUGCGCUUGUACUCUAUAGUACGCAACAUGAUGUGUAAUGCACUACACACAUACACACACAAACAAUUUAUGGUUUCCAGAGAUCCUGGAAACUUUUUAAAAAUAUUUUGUAGUAAAAAGUAAUUUUUCCAAUAAUGAUCAUUUAUUACUUGUCAUGAUAGUGAUUACCAUUGCAACUAGUUGCAAUUAAUGAACAAAUAAAAAAUCUAGUUAAUAGAGUGAUAUAAUAUUAUAAAGGUGUUAUAUAUGCCACGAGAUUGCGAAGAUGACUCUUCCAACAUGUACAUGAUAUUUAGUAAAUAUUUCACAUGUGUGUAUGGUGAAUGUAUACAAAAAGUAAAGAUGUAUCAGUCUUGCAGAUUUCUUAUAUAUUUCACGCUUGCAUCUGUUAUCCAGGGAAUGAUAGCGCUAUAAUAUGGAAUAUUUCAUAACUCUGGCCUUCAAUGUGUACAACUGCUAUACUCAUAUCUGUAUAUCUUCUUUACAGAUUAUGACUUAAAAUAUGUAACACCUUCUCUUCUAGUUUAUAUAAUUUUGCUACAUAGCUAAGAUUUUGCAUUCCAGGGUAUAAUUAAAGUUAGGUAAAUAUUUUAUCUGCUAAGAUCUGAUCUCUUUUUUUAAUCAGCGCUAUAUGACAAAAAUGUUAAUUUUUGUUAAAUUAAGUAUAUAUAUAUAAUUCUUAAACAUUUUAUUAUUUAUAAAAUAUAUAAUAGCUAAAAUAUUAUGUUCCUAAAUAUGAUGUUAUUGUGUGUGUAUAUUAUGUGUAUACAGAUCUCUUAACAAUAAAUGAAUGCUUAUA